ACAGUCUAGCCUUCGAUCUGAUAAAACCUACCGGACGGAGCGCGCGCAAGCCUGCAAGGACUCCUUCAACAAUCAACCAUCCAUCUCACACGUGACAUGUCACGCGCACCAAUCGCCAGAGAAAUCUGCGGUCACGCUGGGCCCAAAAUCGUUUAAACUUUUUAUGACUAGGCUUCAUCAAUAUUGCAACAGUGGUGUGCUUCUAACCUCCUUGGUGUGCGGUGUGUGCACCGCUAAAACCAGUGGACCAACUACCCGGUCUAAUAAGCGCACCGACCAAAAGUUCCACCAUGAAGGCCUUGAGUCCACGAAGAUCAGCUGAAUUUAUCGUUCAAAAUGCGAUGGACGUGACUGUUGAUCCAGUGGGAAUUUGCAAUGUUGCGGACCAUGUUCAGGAUUGCUUCAGCCAGGGCACAGUUAGCAAGGACUCCUGGCGGAAGCACCCACUGCACCCCAAGGCACUAGACAACUCAACCGUCCAAUGGAUAUUUUUCGUGGAUGCACUCAAUUUCUGCUUCUGGUCGCAGAAUAGUGAAGAAAAAUGUGAGAUUGAGUUUGAUGGCAGGCGACAUACCGGCUACUGGUCACUCUGCGCUGCCGUCAAUCGAGCGAUCCAGGAAGGCAUCCCGCUUCUUGAUGCACAGUUUUGCCGGGACAUUUCGCACGAGCAAGUGGAGCACAUAUUCCGGUCUUGCACGCCAGUUCCGUUUCCCCUCCUUGAAGAACGCCACCGGAUACUGAGGGAGUGUGGUCAGGUCCUGUGCACUAGUUAUGGCGGAGAAUUUGCUAACUGCAUCUUGAGGAGCAACCGGAGCUGCCAGAGGCUCUUGGACGAGCUUGUCACCAACGUACCAUCCUUCCGUGACGAGGGAAUUUUUAAUGGUGUACCAGUUUCCUUCUACAAGCGGGCCCAGAUCCUUGUGGCGGACAUCUGGGCUUGCUUUGGCGGACAGGGGCUCGGGGAGUUUGAAGACAUUGGAACGCUGACUGCGUUUGCGGAUUACCGGGUGCCGCAAGUCCUAGCCCAUUUUGGGGCACUGCGCUACUCGGAACGGCUCUCGAGCCUGCUCCAAAGCGGUGUCCUAUUGCAAAAUGGGGAUAAGGAGGAAAUGGAAAUACGAGGUGCGACCAUUCAUGCUUGUGAGCUUGUCUGCGAGGAACUGAAGCGGCGGUUGCAGGGCGAUGCAGCACUUGGCGAGAUCAACUCAAUUCUGGUGGACUUCUGCCUUUGGGACUACCGGCGCAAACGGGCAGCAGACUUGGACCAUGUGCCUUUCCACCGCGUGCGCUCCUGCUACUACUAAGUGAAACAUCUGGAAGGAACCUGAAGACGGCUGCUUGAAACAUGUGGGAUUCAAGAGGUACAGAUGACCAGUUGUAAUCUCCCUCGGUUGGAACGAGUCUAAUGUCCAAAAGUGUAAGAGAAAGUUAUAAUUUCUUCCAUAGUUCAGUCGACCAAAUGAUCGGUCCUAGUAGCUGACAGCAUGGGAGAAUCGCACUCGUCGUCUGUUCCCUUUUGCCGAUGCAACAUUAAAUUGAUCUGUUUUGUACCAAACAGGUGUCAUCUAUCUGAGACCAAAGUUAGAAAUAAUAAAGACACUGGAGCUGUCCUUACAAAGUAGG